AUGUCUUAAAAAUAGUCACCUAUGGAUAUCCAUUAAAAGCCUUUCGAGCUAUAGUUUCAGCUGAAUCAAAGUGACAGUUAUGAUAGAUACAAUUUAAAGCUAUAAUCCUCUUUACCCUUUAAUAGCUCAUAAAAAUAUGGUAGGUUGAAAAAUCAAGCUUACACAAUUUCAGUGAGCAGAGCGAAAAGGACUACAAGUAAAACUAUUUGA